AUGACAGAAGGCCCGUGGGAGUUUUGCCGGGAGUCUCGACUAGGGUAUAUGAUGCCACUAACAAUCGAGAAUGAGAUUGAACUGUUAUUUUGUUUAAGUACUAUGAGCGAAUAUUUUUUACCCAAAGGCUUUUUCUAUCUUGUAUUAUGGUCGAAAUUAAGUCGAUUAAAUGAACAAAAGAGUUACACUUUCGAAGAAAUGAUCGAACAUCUAAAAACAUUGUAUGAUGAAAGUGUAUUUGAUAAUCUUGAUGCUGUUCAAAAUCUCAAAGGAUUUUCAGAAUUCAAAUUAAGCGUUUUCCCUUCAUCAUCAGAUCCACAAACAGAUACAUCAACGACAACGAAAAGUGAUGACUUUUUGGCACCAGAAUCAUCCGGUGUAUUAGACGAACGACGACCAAGAAAAAUAUCUGUUAAUGCUACACAACGUAAAGCAAGAACAAGAACACAAACACCAUAUUCUCCUAUAUCGAAUUCGACCAGUUCUCGUUCGCAGUCACAACCAAAUGAUAUUCGACGUAGUGGACGACGAGGUGCAACAAAAACAGCAGAUAUGCCAGAAGAGCAAAACAAUACGAAAAUAAAAACAAGACAACAAAAAUUAAACAAUGGAGAAUAUACUGAAAGUUUGUCUUUAACAACAAAAUCGAAUGAACCCAUUGCUACACGAUCACGAAAAGCACCAUGA